UUUCCUGUGCAGGCAACAACAUAAAGAGAAAGAACCCGCUUCCACACCGGGUUCCGGGCUGCGCAGACUUUCCCCAGCACACAAAGAUUCCCAGCCCCAAGACUGGAGGGUCUGUAUGCUCUGGGCCGAAUGCUACCAGUGUGAUAGCGUGCACUUUCUCCAGCUCGAGAGACUGGGACCCAGCGAGAACUAUAGCGCGCAAUGGGAGGAAGCUGCGUUCAGAGGCGCCCCGCCGGCAGGCUGCAGGUACUGUUUCCCUUCCUGCUACCUUUGUUCUACCCGGCGCUCUGCGAGCCGAUCCGCUACUCCAUUCCCGAGGAACUGGCCAAGGGCUCGGUGGUGGGGAAUCUCGCCAAGGAUCUCGGGCUCAGCGUCCUGGAUGUGUCGGCUCGGAAGCUGCGAGUUAGCACAGAGAAGCUGCUUUUCAACGUAGAUGCGGAGAGCGGGGACUUACUGGUGAAGGACCGAAUAGACCGUGAGCAGAUAUGCAAAGAGAGAAGAAGAUGUGAGUUGCAGUUGGAAGCCGUGGUGGAAAAUCCUUUAAAUAUUUUUCAUAUCAUUGUGGUUGUUGAGGAUAUUAAUGACCAUGCCCCUCGAUUCCAUAAAGAUGAAAUAAAUUUAGAAAUCAGUGAAUCUGUCACCCUGGGGACUGGAACAGUUCUUGAGUCUGCAGAAGACCCUGAUAUUAGCAUGAAUUCACUGAGCAAAUACCAAUUAAGUCCUAAUGAGUAUUUCUCCUUGGUGGUGAAAGACAGUCCUGAUGGUAGCAAAUAUCCAGAAUUAGUACUGAAGAAGACCCUGGACCGAGAAACACAAAGCUCUCAUCAUCUGGUGCUGACAGCCUUAGAUAGCGGGGAUCCACCACGAAGCAGCACAGCUCAAAUCCAAAUCCUGGUGGUUGAUGCCAAUGAUAACCCCCCAGUGUUCAGCCGAGAUAUGUACAGGGUCAGUCUUCGGGAAAGCGUGCCCCCUGGCACUUUGGUGGUGAAGGUGAGCGCCACUGACCGAGAUGAAGGCUUCAAUGCUGAGAUCACCUACUCAUUCCUUGGUGUAGCUAAUAAAGCCCAGCACGUGUUCUCUCUGGAUUCUGCUACAGGAAACAUUAUGACACAUCAACCCUUGGAUUUUGAAGAAGUAGAAAGAUAUACCAUGGAUGUAGAAGCCAAAGACCGAGGAUCCCUCUCUACACAGUGUAAAGUAAUCAUAGAAGUUCUAGACGAAAAUGACAACAACCCUGAAAUAAUCAUCACUUCUCUCUCUGAUCAGAUUUUGGAGGAUUCCCAUCCAGGAAUGGUUGUGGCUCUCUUCAAAACACAGGACCAGGAUUCUGGGGAAAAUGGAGAAGUCACAUGUAAUUUAAGCAGAGAUACUCCAUUUAAGAUUCAUUCUUCAUCUAAUAAUUACUACAAGCUGGUGACAGAUGAACCCUUAGACCGAGAACAGACUCCGGAAUACAAUGUCACCAUAACAGCCACCGACAGGGGCAAGCCGCCUCUCUCCUCCAGCACUACCAUCACCCUGCACAUCACCGACGUCAACGACAACGCGCCGGUUUUCCACCAGGCCUCUUACGUGGUUCACGUGGCCGAGAACAAUCCCCCAGGCGCCUCUAUUGCGCAAGUCAGCGCCUCCGACCCCGACCUGGGGCCCAACGGCCGCGUCUCCUACUCCAUCGUGGCCAGCGACCUGGAGCCACGCGCGCUGGCGUCCUACGUGUCCGUGAGCGCGCAGAGCGGGGUGGUGUUCGCGCAGCGCGCCUUCGACCACGAGCAGCUGCGCGCCUUCGAGUUGACCCUGCAGGCGCGCGACCAGGGCUCGCCCGCGCUCCGCGCCAACGUGAGCCUGCGCGUGUUGGUGGGCGACCGCAACGACAACGCGCCCCGGGUGCUGUACCCGGCGCUGGGGCCCGACGGCUCGGCGCUCUUCGACACGGUGCCGCGCGCCGCGCAGCCCGGCUACCUGGUCACCAAGGUGGUGGCGGUGGACGCCGACUCGGGACACAAUGCCUGGCUGUCGUACCACGUGCUGCAGGCCAGCGAGCCGGGACUCUUCAGCCUGGGGCUGCGCACGGGCGAGGUGCGCACGGCGCGCGCUUUGGGCGACAGGGACGCGGCCCGCCAGCGCCUGCUGGUCGCUGUGCGGGAUGGGGGACAGCCGCCCCUCUCGGCCACAGCCACGCUGCUCCUGGUUUUCGCCGACAGCCUACAAGAAGUGCUGCCAGAUGUCAGCGACCGCCCGGCGCCCUCUGACCCCCAGGCUGAGCUGCAGUUUUACCUGGUGGUGGCUUUGGCUUUGAUUUCGGUGCUCUUCUUCCUCGCAUUGACUCUGGCCAUUGCCCUGCGCCUGCGAAGCUCUUCCAGCCCCACCGCAAGGGGUUGCUUUGGGUCUGCUCUCUGCUCCAAGUCUGGACCCGAGAUUCCCCCUAACUACAGUGAGGGAACAUUGCCCUAUGCCUAUAAUUUAUGUGUGCCAGGGGAUCAAACUCAUCCGGAAUUUAAUUUUCUCACAUCUGUUGAUCAUUUUCCAGCCACACAAGAUAUUCUUAACAAAGAUAGCCCUUCGGGGCUAUUGGCUAGCAUUUUAAUUCCUAACGUUGAAGCAGAUAAGACUUUUAAACAGGUAAGUAUUUAAAAUAAUGCCUUUUAUAUUAUAAUAUGCCAAAAUAUUCCAAUACAGCAUUGUUAUUUUUAAAAAUAUUUUAUUUAUUCGAGAGAGUGUGAGCGAGCGAGAGAGAGAGAGAGAGAGAGAGCAUGAGCAGGGGGAGGGGCAGAGGGAGAAGCAGACUCCCCACUGAGCAGGGAGCCCAUAUUUGGGGGCUCCAUCCUAGGACCCCUGGCUUAUGACUGAGCUGAAGGCAGACAAUCAACUGAACCACCCAGUUGCCCCUA